CUCCAUUCCCCAGAUCAGAUUCCCUCAACAUAACCUUUGAUCAACUUCAGCAUUUAAACAUACCUUCGCCUGUGACCAAUUCACUUCAACUAUUGCCACCAAUCACCAAACAACAGUCACAAUAAUGUCCAAUCAUCAAUACAAGUUCAAUGUCAAGAUGGGAUGUUCCGGCUGUUCAAAUGCUAUCCAGGAUGCUCUCAGACCACUCAGCGGACUUAAGUCCCUGGAUAUCAGCCUUGAACAGCAAACCGUUUCUAUCGUCGCCGAACCCUCGCUUUCAUACGACGCCGUGCUCGCAGCCAUAAAGGAAAAGGGCAAAGAUGUUCACAGUGGCGAAAUUGACGGUGUCCCUCAUUCUAUCUAAGCCAACGCUGAGUGGCCCACCGGAUAAAGUCUUGAAAGGAGAGAGCAACACGAACGACUGGACACAUGGUGGGUGGAAAG